AUGCCCGGACAUACGCCGCAUAGAACACCUCUUAAACGUGUCUCCCAAGGGUCUCUCUUCGCUCUCUCGCGAUCAGGUAACAACCCUGAUGCGCCUCAUGGCCUUGGCUUCAUCGAACCUGUAAUGGCCGAGCUGGUCGACGAAGUUGAGGCGCUGCAGGCGAAUGUAGAGGGCCUUAGGAACCUCAGCAACUCUCUGAAAAUAUUCAAUGAGAGUUUCGCAAGCUGGCUAUAUGUCAUGGACAUGAACGCGCUUACGGUGGACUGGCCGCAGGCUCCAACGGACGCGUCGUUCCGGCUGGCUAAGCGACGAGCAGAAGCUGCUCUGAAAGCAGCAUCAACCGUUCCUCCGCCGCCAGACUCAGAGGCGGACAAGACAACAUUCAGCGAAAACCAAGAGUUUGAAACGACGUACACAACGAAUGCUACGACAAGGAAUACUUCUACCAGCAUUGCGAAGAGCACAUCGACAGGUAUUCCCAAGAAGAAGGCUAAACCAAAGCUCACUGCGAAGGAGAAAAAGGAACGAUCGCUUUCACUCGAGAAGAUAGUGAUGUCUCUUCCCCUCGAGUUUCGGGGUAGUGAUCCGGGUCUUCGACGUAACAUGGAAUCUGUAAUAGAAUUCAUGAUGGACAGCGAUGGACGAGGCAUCAAACUCAUCGAGCUCAUCAAACCUCCCGAUCUCAAUCAGGCACGUGUCAACAAAUGUUUGAUUGCUUUAGUGAACCGGAAGAUUGUCCAAAAGGAAAACAGUACUGGUACGGUACUUUACCAUUGGACCGGAUUAUCGUGA